ACGCGCGUCAGCUCUGACCGGAAGUAGUCCUGGACCCGCGAGAACAGAAACAUGCUGCACAAUCUGCUGCAAAAAUAUGAAAAUACAUGAACAUUUUGGGCUAUUUCAGCUCCACUGCGGGACUUUACGGUGCGGUAUGUCCGGGAGCCUCCGUGUGCGCUGCUCGUAGGGACAUGUUCCGCUGUUACUGGAUGUUUUUGUAUGUUUAGGUCUGAUUUUGUGAAGAGUUUGUGAGAAUGGAGGAGGCAGCGAUGGAGUCCGCAGAGUCCACUCUGAACAUGAGUCUUUCUGAAGCCUGGGACUCUGCCACCAAGGCUCUGCUGUCUCCCUCCCCUCUGCCUCUCUCAGACGCCCUGUCUGUGCUCAGAGCUCACGGCGUAGAGUGUUAUUUGGGGGGUUUCCUGUUAGAGGCGCUGCAGAUGCGUCUUUCGGAGUCUGUGGUUCCUGAGUUCUGGUCUGGACUGAAGCGAGCGGAGAAUGACGUGGACGAGAGGGGCCGUGCCGGGGUCCUGGUCUCUGCUUUUCAGACGCUGCUCGACAGACUGGACCCUCUGCUCCGUGCCCUGGAGCGUCUGCAGCCCCCCUUCAGCUCUGCGUCCGCCUCUGCCCCUGCUUCUGUCCCUGUCUCACUCUCUGACCGUGCCCACACAGUGAUCCGGGCCCUGCUCCUCUCGCGCCCCUGUCCGGAGCUGGAGGAGAGAGUUCUGGAGUUCUACAGCCGAACCUUCUCAGUGUACAUGAGGCAGGAGGGGGGAGAGGGGGGAGAAGGGGGAGAUGGAGUGGAGGUGCCGGAGGAGGGGGCAGACGGCCAGGAGGGGGCGCUGUGUGCUGGGUGUGCAGUGAACACAGAGGAGUGCUGGUGCAGAGAGGCCCUGGAGCAACUACAGCGCCUCAGCCAUGUCCUGUGUAAGCUGCAGCUCUUGGAGUGGGUGAGUUCGAAGGCUGUGACUCAGAUCCUGCACAAACUGAUCGAGCAGAGGAUGGAGAGACACUGCAGAGGAGAGUACGAAAGGUCCUUCCUCAUGGACUUCCAGGAGUGGUUGGAGCAGGUUCUGGGUUGGCUCAGUAAAGUCUUUUCCAGUGAAGCAGACAGGGGCCGCUCCUCUGCUGCCUCUCCCAGCUCCCCUCUCUCUCCUCGGACUCACACUCCAGCCACAGCCCCUGCUCCUCAGGGGGGUCCUGGUUCUCCCAUGGACGCCGCUUCUCCCGUGAAUACUGCGUCGCCCGUUGGCCUGGGUGCUGGGUGUCCCUUGGGUGCUGGCUCAGUGCUGAAACAGUGGAGGUGUCACAUGCACCAGUUUUUCUGCAGAAUCUACGUCAAUAUGAGGAUCGAGGAGCUCUUCAGCAUCAUACGAGAUUUCCCAGAGUCCAAACCUGCGAUCGAGGAUCUCAAGUUCUGUUUGGAGCGAACAAACCAGAGACAGCAGCUGCUCACGUCACUGAAGACUGCGUUUGAGAGUCGCCUUCUGCACCCAGGUGUUCACACGUCUGAUAUUCUGACCGUUUACAUCUCAGCCAUUAAAGCUCUGAGAGAACUGGAUCCUUCCAUGGUCAUCCUGCAGGUCGCCUGUCAGCCCAUCCGAAAGUACCUACGGACUCGUGAGGACACUGUUCGUCAGAUCGUGGCUGGUCUGACUGGAGAUGCUGAGGGCUGCACAGACUUGGCCUCAGAGCUGUCCAGAGGAGACCCAGUGACUCUGGAGCUGCAGGAGAGUGACGAGGAGGGGACUGACCCAGAGGAGUGGAUGCCCGAUCCAACCGACGCUGUGCCCGAUAAGUCUGGCUCAAAGCGGCGCUCCUCUGACAUUAUCAGUCUGCUCGUCAGUAUCUACGGCAGCAAAGACAUCUUCAUCGAUGAGUACAGAGCUGUGUUAGCCGACCGCCUGCUGCACCAGCUCAACUACAACACCGCCAGAGAAAUCCGAAAUGUGGAGCUGCUGAAGCUGCGUUUUGGAGAGUCGCACAUGCACUACUGUGAGGUCAUGCUCAAGGACAUGGCGGACUCACGCAGAAUAAACGGAAAUGUUCGUGAGGAAGAGUCUCGUCUGAAUAAAGAAGAGCAGCCAACUCUUCCCCUCUCCGCCAUCAUCCUCUCCUCUGAGUUCUGGCCCACGCUCAAGGAGGAGAAACUAGAGCUCCCCCCUGUGGUGACCCAGGCCAUGGAGGAAUAUAAGCACCGCUACGAGAAGCUAAAGGCGAUGCGCACUCUGAGCUGGAAGCCUCAUCUGGGCUCAGUGACUCUGGACGUAGAGCUGGAAGAUCGAACCAUCACAAACCUCACAGUGUCUCCCAUCCACGCAGCAAUAAUCCUGCACUUCCAGGACAAGAGUGAGUGGACUCUGGAGGAGUUGAGCGCACAGCUGGGGGCCCCUCGAGACCUUGUGCACAGGAAACUGGCCCUGUGGCAGCAGCAGGGCAUUCUACGGGAAGAAGCCGGGGGGCGCUACAGUGUCAUGGAAACGGGCUCUUCCAGAGAAAAACUGGAGCGAGGUGUGAUGCUCAUCGACAGCGACGAAGAGCGGGACUCAAACACAACCACACAGUCCGAGCAGAGGGAGGAGAAAUUACAGCUGUUCUGGGCCUAUAUUCAGGCCAUGCUCACAAACCUGGACAGUAUGACUCUAGAGCGCAUCCACUCGAUGCUCAGGAUGUUUGUUGCCACGGGACCCGUUGUCACGGAGAUGGAUGUGGAGGAGCUCGAGGCGUUUCUACAGCGAAAGGUCCGGGAGCAUCAGCUGAUUGGGUCUGCGGGGGUCUACAGGCUGCCCAAGUCCAAGUGAAGGUCCAGCAGCCAUACGAGAAUCAGGAGAUGAACAAUGGACAAUCUCACGGACCCUGUGUCACCUAAAGGUGUUUUGUAGUGACUUGGGGACAGACUGUAUUGUUACACAGCACUUAUAAUUAUCCUCUAGUGACUGUUUUCAAAUAAAUGUUUCAAUAAUGGA